UCAUUUUUCAAAACAUUCUUAGAUAUAUUUCUAAGACACUUCAAAUUUUAGUAAAAUGAAUCAGGAUUUGAUGAUAGAAAAAACACUAACAGACAGCGAUCUUUCUAGUAAUAGUCGUUUGCGUUUGCCAAAAAAAAAGGUUGAGAACAUAAUAAAAAGCACCGGAGUUCCAGUUCCUCGAAACGGUAUUCAAGUAGAAAUUGUGGACGGUAACAAAUCAUAUUGGGUUAACUUGGGACAAGAUGUAGUAGGUUAUUUUAUCGGAAAUGGGUGGCAAAGUCUUAGAGAUGCAAGGCAGCUUCAAAAGGGAAAUAUCAUCAAACUAUAUUGGCAAAAAACGAAAUUUAUCUUUUCAAUGUAAAAGAAUAUCUUACUAAGUAAAAAUAUUUAUUUCUUUAAUUCUUAAAUUUAGCUUGCAUUUAUUAGUCAUCUUCUUAAUAAAUAUAUUUAUUAACUGUAUAAUUUUAUAAUAUUUUGAA